AUGUCUCAGAGGAGGAGGCUUUCACACACCGACUACACGAUAGGAUGGAUAUGUGCGCUUUCACUAGAAACGGCCGCUGCAAAGGCCAUGUUGGAUGAGAUUCAUCCCCCGCUACCGCAGCCUGCCGAUGACCACAAUAGUUAUACUCUAGGCGAAGUUGUAGGACACCAUGUUGUGAUAGCUUGCCUGCCGGCAGGGGUUUAUGGAACAACUUCUACAACCGCAGCGGCACUGAGAAUGAAGUCUACUUACCCGGCUCUUCAUUGUGGACUUUUGGUCGGUAUUGGAGGCGGUGUUCCAAGCAGUGAAAAUGACAUUAGGCUGGGAGAUGUGGUUGUGAGCAAGCCGUUUGGUUCUUCCAGUGGUGUUAUUCAGUAUGAUUAUGGCAAAACAACGGCCAACAGCAAGUUUCAGGUCCACGGGACGCUCAACAAGCCUCCACCUAUUCUAUUGACGGCAAUGAGUAAUCUUCAGGCAGACGAAAUCAUGGGGGAAAAUAGGAUGGAUAGUUAUUUGGCGGAGAUAGUUACAAAGUACCCAUCAAUGUCAAAUUUUACACACCAAGGAGAGCAGCAUGAUAUUUUGUUCAAAGCGGACUAUGACGAUUCUUCUUUGAAUGAGGCUGGUCAGUGUGACGACACUGUGAUUAUUAAGAGACCACGUCGGAAUACGCAGAGCCCAAAGGUGUUCUACGGAUUGGUCGCCUCUGGAAACCAGGUCAUGAAAGACGGAAGGACCAGGGAUGAGAUAGCAAAGAAGCAUGGUAUUAUUUGUUUCGAAAUGGAGGCCGCAGGCCUGAUGGACUACUUUCCGUGUCUUGUCGUUCGAGGCAUCUGUGAUUAUGCCGACUCUCACAAAAACAAACGGUGGCAGGAGUAUGCAGCAGCUACUGCGGCCGCCUACGCAAAGGCAUUAUUGUCAAAAGUCAAUAUUAUUUCCACUCAACAGCCUGAGAAAAAUGGCAUUGGAAAUGACACUUACGAAAUGACACCUGAACACAGAGAAUGUCUACGAAAGCUUUUUUUAACCAACCCCACCGAAGACAAGGACAAUAUGAAACGUAGAAAGGGGGACCGCGCUCCAGGGACUUGUGCGUGGAUUAUGUGCACAGAAGAAAUUGAGCAGUGGAUGGGUGACUCCCAAUACGAAGAGGACCAUCACUCAACUGUGUUGUGGCUGUACGGUAACCCUGGAACCGGAAAGACAACAAUGAGCAUGUUCCUCACGGAAGAAAUUCCCAAAUGUGAUGAUUUUGAACGAGGUGAAAAAUCACUUGCAUAUUUCUUUUGCGACGCUAGUUCCGAAAGCCACAGAACAGUGACCGCUAUACUUCGGGGGCUCUUAUACCAGAUGGUACGACAAAAUAAUCGUCUCAUAGAAUAUUUACAGGUCAAAUUCGAAGAGCUCCAGGAGAAACUUUUUAACUCAUUUAGUGCCUUAUGGUCUUGCUUAUUGCGUAUUUCUUGUGAUGAAAAGAACGGUCAAAGAUACUACAUCAUUGAUGCUUUGGAUGAGUGCGAGCCAGAGUCCCAGCAAAUACUCCUAAGGUUAUUCAAUGAGAUUCCUAAAACGGGAGUAAAGCCUCAUUUCCUCAUCACAAGCAGGCCCUAUCCCGAAAUCGCCAGCGAACUUUGUGAAUUUGACCAAAGAGACUUGGCUUCCUAUAUAGAGACCUUGAACGACACAAGUAUAUUCAUCUCCAGCAAAGUGGAGCAGCUGAAAAGGAAAAGGGGAUACACAAGUAAUGUUGAGAGGGAGAUCACCAAGAUACUAAAUGAUAAGGCGGAAGGUACCUUUCUAUGGGCUGGCAUUGCGUUGAAAGAGAUAGAAUCCGUUCGGUCAAGAGACGUAGUCAAGGUCCUCCAAAGGCUACCUCGUGGACUCGACUCUACAUAUCAACAACUCCUUGAUACAGCCCUAGAAAACGCUGAGGAUGAGACAGAUCAGAACACAAUCAUGCGAAUUCUCAGUUAUGUCGCCGUAUCACGUCGCCCGCUGACCUUAUCGGAGCUUGCCGUGGCAUGUGAGCUAUACCUAGAAGAGGAAGAAGAGGACCGAAUUGCAUUCAUUCGCGAGGAUAUUGAGUUAUGCCGUCUGAUUAUUGUCAUCCAGGAUGACAUUGUUCGCUUACUACAUCAAUCCGUAAAGGACUUCCUUUUUGGAAAGGAAAACCAGAGUGCAAUCAACCAGUUAAAGGCACAUGCUAGCCUAGCCUAUCGAUCCAUCAAUUAUCUGCUUGAAAUUUCUAAACCAGCCGUUACUGAAAAUGUCAGGUAUCGGUUAUUAUUCUUGGAUUACGCCAGAAUGUUCUGGCCUGAGCAUGUUCGCUUGGCCGAAACUGAAUUUAUCAUUGUGGAAGAGCAUGCUGCCUUCUUUCAAAUCUGGUCGGAUGAGCGUGACCGCUGCUUCGACGAUAGCAAUUAUUUUGACAACCAUAUCCCACUCGAUUUCGGCAAAAGAAAAUCCUAUUUUAUUGGCUCGUCGUUUAUUGGCUCGUCAUUAUUUCACUUUGCUGCACAUUGGGGUAUUACACUACUUGUAAUACAUGGGUUUGCAUUGCUGCUCGACAACAAACCUUCAAGUGAUACGUCCGGUGCAAUGCAUCAAUAUGAUGACAGUGAAUUUGUGAAUAUGUAUGGAGUUACUCCUUUAGAGGAAGCUGCUUGGAUGGGCCAUCUUGAUGUCAUGAAGUUGUUGUUAAACAACGCAAUCCCUAAUAUGAUAAUCCGAGAAAAAGUCAUUGAAAAAGCUGCAAGUCAUCGAACCAAUGCGGGAGCCGUGUUAGAGCUUCUCUUUGAUAAAGCAGGAUCACGUAUCCUUGUGUCAGAGAAAGUAAUGACAAAUGCAAUCCGGAACUCACACUGUGGGAAAGAAGCAGUCACCGUGAUUCUUCAACGAUGGACAGAUGAAAUUCAAAUCAAAGAAAAAGUGAUUUCCAGUGCAUUAUUAUCUCUGUCUGGCCCAGGGCUAGACAAAUGGUCGGACUUGCAGGUACGCAAAGAAGGCUUCUCAGAUACAAUUGAUCCUCAAAUUCUGUCAUCAAUCGAUGUCGGAGUCUUGAAACUUCUGUUCAAUGGAAUGGGAAAACGUAUCCGCAUUACAACGGACUUAUUGGUUGCUGCUGCCAAAAAUAGCAACCUUGAGGUCUUGGCUACAGUGGUAAAAGAAUUACCAACCGAUGUAUCGGUUGUUGAUGAAGUCUUCGAACUGGCCAUUCUUCAUAAAAGAGAGUGGAAAGAACGCCUAUCUAUACUGCUAAACCAUAAGAGUAAUAAUAUACCACUAACAGGACGACUGAUAAUGGCAGUAGCGUCAAGCGGACCGCAUCGCAAGAACAUAAUGAGGACGAUCUUGAACAAAAAGAGACAAUAUACUUUAGGUCCCGGGGUAAUGGAGUUGAUUGCCGGUAAAUUUGACGUUCAAGUAAUGAAGAAAGCUUUGGAUUGCAUUGGUCGUCAGUUCAUAGUUACCGAUCAGGCUCUAGAGGCUGUUGAUCAGAAUGAAAAUAUUGAGCAGAGAGAAGGCCUUCGAACGUUAUUGUUAAAUCAGCGUCUACUUAUUCAAUCAAUUCCAGCGGAAGAAUCUAUGGAAUACUCGCAUGUCUCUUCUGGAUACCUCUCCAAUAUUCCGGCAUAUCUGAACUUGGAAAUCACACAGAAGCUGGUUGUCAAGGGACAUUCUGAUGAGGUAUGGGUUUCAUGCUUUUCUCCCGACGGUUCCAGACUGUCGACUGGUGGUCGGGACUGUCUAAUCAUCAUUUACAAUACUCCCAACUAUGACGUACACGGUACGCUAUCAGGCCAUGAAAACCAUGUUACCAGCAUCACGUGGAGUCCGAAAGAUAUGAAGCUCCUUAGCGGUUCAGCGGAUGGGCAACUUCGCAUAUGGGAUACGGAUGAUUGCACUUGUAUACGUGUAUUGCAACGGCACCAAGAGCAAAUCAGUAGAGUUUUUUGGACAACAAGCUGCAACGAAUUCAUUAGCUCCUCCCUUGACAACCGAAGGCCACUUAUUUUAUGGAGCGACAAAGGGGAGGUUCUUCAUGAAUGGAACGAAGAAUAUCGAGCCCAGGCCAGUACCAUAACACCCGAUGGUAGCAGAAUUAUUGUUGCCGACACAACUCGGCAGCUUCAUAUCUAUGCCUUUCCUAAGCGUGAAAAAGAGUUCUCUAUCCCUUGCGACUCCAAAGCUUCCUCUAUUUCCGUCGAUGCAGAUUCAAAAAGUAUUCUCCUUAGCUUCACCUCAGGCGAAGUAAAGAUCAUUAGUUUAGAGAGCAGAAAAGUCACAUGCUCCUUUAGAGGGCACGAACAACAGGACUUUGUCUUGACAUCUCAGUUCUUCGGUAAGCAGGAAGACUUAAUUGUGACAGGAAGUGAAGACAAUUGCAUAUAUGUAUGGGAUAGGGCGACAGGCAGCAUUCUAUAUGUUUUAAAAGAACACAAGCGAGGUACUGUCAACUCGAUAUCGGUUCAUCCUAAGAACCCAAACAUGUUUGUUUCCACCGGCGAUGAUUGCACCACACGGGUCUGGCUGCUUUCUCCUAAAACUAGACAGUCAUGA